AUGCUCACCCAAGGCAUGACCGAACAAAGCGUCAUCAACCACUACCAGCAAGAAAUCGAGUUCAUCCGCAACUUACAGCACAUCCGCCUGGUGACCACCAUUGAUGAACAGAUGUAUCCUGCUGUUAUGCAGCAGGUGCGUCAGCAGUUCGUGCAGCCUCCUCUGGAGCUGGAGAUGUUCUUGUUCCGUGUUGUGGAGCAUGCCCUGAUGCGCCAUGGCCUGAUUGCUGCUCGUCCCCCUCCUCAGGGCCCUCAGGGUCCUCCUCAGGGACAGCAGCAGGGUGUUCAGGGUCGUGACUCGCGUCAGGGUCAGCAGCAGCAGCAGCAGUCUGCACAGGGUCAGGGCCCUCCUCAGCCCCGCCCUGAGGCCUGA